GUUUCCAUUUACAAAUUUGUGAUCAGAUGCUCUCUAAUAGAAUAUUACCAUGUUAGCCUUUACCUUUUCUGAAAUUUGCCACGUUAACCUCAAUGAACCGUCAUCGUAAACCAAAACCCUUUCCUAUCCCUAAAACCCGAGACCGAGAGUAUCUUCUUCUUAGGGUAGAAGAAGGACGAAAUCGAAGGAGGAGGAAGAAGAAGAAGAUCGAUUCGUGAUCAACGAUGAGCUCCUUCAAUGGAAACAGCAACAUCGACAACAUCCUAAUCCAAACCCUACUUGGACGUCUCCAAAUCCGUCCCCCUAACUCUCAUUUCCUCUCUCAAUCCCUAGAUGACCUCCUCUUCAAAUCCGACGACAGCGACGGCGAUGAUGACGGAGAAGGUCAGACCAGUCUCGACAGAGAAGAAGCUAGGCUUGAGAAAGAGCUAAUCCGAGUCAUCGUCUCUGGUCGAAGCGAUUCUCUUAAGCCGAAUUCAGGUCAAGCCGUGACAGUCAACGAACACCACAUCUGCGUUGGGUUUCACGAGGAUGAAGAAUCGGAUUAUCGUGUUUGGGAGUGGCAUGGUCAUAUCAUGUUGUUCGAUGAAGAGAAUGGCUACACGCCUGAGUAUAUCUACGGGAAUUACUUCGAGAGGUUGCCUGUGAAGCUUCCUAACCGCCGUGUAGAGAAGGAGAAGAAGGAGGUGAAAGAGGAGGAGGUGGAGAAUUUGGGGCUUAGAGAGUUGAUCGAUGGUGGAGACGCUGCUCGUGGUAGGAUUCUUCAUAGGAACAACAUCAACAUUGGUUCCUCAAGGGUUUCAAUGAUGUUUUGGACACUCGAUUUAGUUCACAAUGUGACUAGUGAGACUUGGUCGAUCUGCAAAUCUAUUGCUUUCAUAUACAGUUCACUAUAGUAGUCAGAGGUUUUCAUGCCAAGAAGAAUUCUUUUUUACUGUGUCCACAAAUAUUAAUAUAGAAUGUUGUUUAAAUCUUCAUAUGAUGACAAUAGAUCUUCAGAUAUCCAUUUACAUCCUAAUGAGAGUUCUAAGACGAUGAACAUCAGACUUGUGGUGUGAUAAUCUACUCAAUAGUGUUAGUAAUGCUUGAUCUUACUCUUGCCUUUUCAUAUUCUGUUCGGAUAUCCAUCCUCCUCGAAGUAUCUAUUAGAUUAUCCUCUUGUUUCACUUUAGAUUGCAACUUUAACAUGAUUAUCUUGCGUUUACAUACUCAAAAAGUUU